CUCUGAGCAGCGACAAUGGACCACCCAAAGAUCUACAGAUAGGAGAUUCUCUAAAAAUGGGGAAAGCAUGGAUGGUACGACAGUUGUACCAAUCCUCCUGGUUACAAUAUCUCCUGGUACAACUGCUGUACCAGCCGGCUUCGAGAGGUUAAAGGAGCCAAGUUGGCGCAACCAAGGCUGUUCUCCGAACCUUAUCCUGAAAACGUUACAUUACUCUAACUAGUGCAUACAUAUAACUGAGCGAAAAGGGAAUUUCCUCGCUUAGUUCGCAGUUGAAGAAAAAAUAAGAAUAAUAAAAAAUAGUCCAAUCAAAUGCGGCGCUCCUUCUGUCGACUUCGCACAGCCGUUGUCUGCAACAGCCGUCUCCAACUCUAGCGGUUCACGAACUAUAGUUACGCCACCGUCAACAAUAACAUCAUAGGAUCAUGCUUUCUUUCUUUUAUUGUGAAACUUUGAUACUUACUAAGACUUUACAUGAAGAGAAAAGGCCCAAACGACUAUUUAUAUUAAUGUUUUCAAUUAUUUUUAAAAAGUAAAUUUGCCUAAUCUCGAGCUAUGUUCUCACCUUAAAUAAUAAUUUUGAAUAUUUUAGCACAUACCCUAGUGAUGAAGUUAAAGAACUAUUUUCGGUGUCUAACAGCUUGCAGUAUGUGUUUCGGGCUUCUGGAAAAUAAAGUCUUCAUUCAUCAAUAUAACCUUUGCAGGUCAUGAAAUUUUUAAGUCAUGGAGGUGAUUUCUAAUGUUCAGGGCCAAGAAAUUACAUCUGUACCUAACGAGGAAGCUGUAACAUCUUCAGAUAUACAAAAGAAAAAGUCUAAAGGCCACCGAUGUUUUUUUUGUGGACAGAGAUUUAUACAGAAAAAUGUAUUAAGAAAGCAUAUUAGCAUUCAUAAGGAUCGAGAUUUCUUCUGUGAAGUAUGUGGUAAAGCAUUUUCUACAUCUUGGGGCUUGCGAAAACACAUGAAAACACACACUGGUGAACGUCCAUACCAAUGCGAGUACUGCGAAAAAGCUUUCAUCCAGAAAUGUACGUUGCAGUUUCACAUAAAAGCAAUACAUAGUAAUAAAUCUCAUCCUCGGUGCAAAUCUUGUGGGAAAAGGUUAAAAUCAUUUUCCUAUGUACAGUGUUGGCUAUGUAGAUAUGAAGGUAAAGAAAUUGAUGAGCAUAUAAAUCAGCAAUCAGCACAAGGUGAAGAAUGCACACCAAAUUUAGAAAGUAAAUCAAAUGAUUCUUCGGAUUUGAAGCAGAGUGAACGUAAUUCAUCUUUAUCAGAAGAGAUCAGUUCAAAUAAAGAAUCUAAUGUGAAAGAAGGUGAAAAUGCAUCUAUUAUUUCUCAUAUACUGAGACCUGAAAACAAUGAAUUUUCACCAGGUACAUGUGAUAAAUUAUAUUUGUCUGGAAUUGAUGUGAAUCAACAAAUUGAUCCAGGCGAAGAUUUGAUAUACAUAUGUGAACAUUGUGGUCUGAACUUUAGAAAUUCAAUAGAAAUGAGAAAACAUUUAAUAUCACACACAAAUUUACGACCAUUCAUGUGUGAAAAAUGUGGUAAAGAUUUUAAGAGGGAUUAUAAUUUAAAGCAGCAUAUGGUAACACAUAAAGAAGAACGACCUUUUACAUGUAAAAUAUGCAAAAGGACUUUUAAAUCUAUUCCUUGUCUGAAACAGCAUUUAGUUAGCCACAGUGAUGAUCGACCAUUUGUCUGCAAAGACUGUGGAAGUGGUUUCAAGUCAACACAAGGUUUAAAAACCCACAGAAUGAUACACAACAAAGAAAAGCCACUAGCUUGCAAAACAUGCGGUAAAACGUUCAAUUUUUUAGGAAAUUUACAACGUCAUUUUCGUAUUCAUACAGGAGAACGUCCAUAUCAGUGUAAAUUGUGUCCUAAGAAAUUUUCACAAUCAAAUGGUUUAAAAGCUCACGAAUUUACUCAUACAAAACCAGUAAAAGCAUUCGAAGAACGUUUGUGCAAUGUUUGUGGAAGAAAAUUUAGAUCUUUUUCGAAUUUUAAGAAGCAUAUGCUUUUACAUGAAUAACAUUAGUAUUAUAAAAAGUAAAAAUUACCACUUAUAGUAAUGCAGUAAAAUCACAAAAGUAGUAAAAAAUAUCUAAGAAUAAUACUUUUUUUAAAAUGUUAGGUUUUCAGCACAUGAGAAUAUCUAUGUGCAUACAACAUAUACUAUGUAAGCAAGUAUAGUACAAAGUCUUUAAUCCGGACACGUCAGGACUUUGGAGAUUCCGGAUUAGGGUUUUUUCCAGAUUAUAGAUCAUCAAUGUAAAUCUGGUAAGAUGGCAUGCAGAAAU